AUGACCUCAUAUGACCCCAACCGCAUCGCCAGCAUCAUGCUCUCAUGGCACUCCCUCGACCUCGUCUCAUGCACCAGGCUGCAGACCCUGUGGGCCGGGUACGGCCAAAUCUGCGCCCUCACAGCGAGAGCCACAACUUCCCAAGCCGCCGAGCAUCUCAGUAAGCUGUGUGGGGUAGAACCAGGCGUUGCGGGAACGACAUAUCCGCUCAUCCUGAAGCUCAUCUCACCGCCCCGCAAAAACACCACCGUAGAUGAGGGUCAUCUACGAAAAAUGCUCAGCUACGAGGUAGAGCAGUACUUCUAUAGCGAGGUAGUUCCGCAGCUGGGGGACGACAUAGCCAUAGCCAAAUGCGUUGCCUCGACACGCGACAUGGACGACGCGGAAGGCCCGUCGGAGCUGAAAGGUAUUAUGGCUACCAUCAUGGUCGAUUUGCGUCCCGGGUUCCCUGUCGCUGGCGAGAAGAGGGGGGCUCUGAAUGGCACACAGGUGCGUGCGGCGCUAGACUGGCUGGCUGGCUUUCAUAGUCGCUCAAGAGGACUGUUGCCAGCUAGUCUUGAAGGGUAUGUUCUACCGCCGCUUGAAGAAAGCCGUAGACGACAGAAAUCGGGCAAAGGUGUUGGGGGUGGGCUGUGGCUGAAUGGAGGAUAUACGUACCUCGCGACACGGGGGACAGAGUACGCAUCUCUUGCGCAGGACACGGAUUCGGAGUGGUCAGAUGCUCUGUGUAAGCUUUCGGACGGGAGCUCCCGAUCGGUGGCGGAGAUGGUUGCAGUAUUUCUAACGCCCUGUGGACGGGCGAUUGAGUCAUAUCUCCAUGGCGAUGUCAAGUCAGAGAAUCUCUUCACGACGACUAGUGGAGACAGUGUGGCGUUCUUUGAUUUCCAGUACGUCGGACUAGGUCUCGGAGUCUGCGACCUUGCUAAAUUGUUUACCUGCUCGGUUCCGCUGCAUAUGCUGGUGGAUGGCAAUGGGAUUUUGCCCGAGCAGCUGUCGAUGUGUAAUGGUGAGAGGGGACUGCUAGAGCGGUAUCGGAUGAGUCUCCUCCCGAAGGAGGAAUCUGAUGAAUCGGAGCUAUUCAAAUGGGAAGCGUUUAAACGACACUGGGAGACGGCUUUGGUUGACUGGUGUAGAUUCCAGGCUUCGUGGGGAUUUUGGGGAAAUACAGAGUGGCUGGAGGCCCGUGUAAGAUCUAUCUUGAAUGACCAGGAGUGGAGAGAUUGGUUAUCUCAGAAUAUCCGCAGUCGAGUAUAG